UUUUAAACGGCCGCUAACACCUGCUUAAAGGUUCAGUGAAUAUUGGAAAAUAAGUAAAAGAUGGAAAAGCAAGUCGGUGUCUGGGGACUAGUACUAGAACCGCUAAAGCGAUACAAACCGCGCGAUACGUCCCACACUAUCUGCAUAACCAACGCGGCUUUGGACACUACGAUGGCUGACAAUGGAUCUGUGCAAGUUAUUCUACGGUACAAUGGGAACAAUUUGCUGCUUUGCACUUUGAACAGGAACUUCGUAUGGCAAGUACCACUGAACGUACGGAUUCCAAGAGGGAAUAAGAAGAUAAAAUUGUUUUGCAGUGGCAAAUCUUAUGUACAUUUGAUUGGAAAUUUUAUUCUACCGUCUGACGAAAUGAUGCAUGCAAAACUGCUCUACAUGUAUAAUAACGAUGCAUAUUAUCAUAAUAAUAAGGAAAGUAAUGGUCAGAAUCGCGACAUCUAUAAUAAAGAUACGGACGAUGAGGAUGGUAAGAAUGAGAAUAGUGACGAAGACACUAUUGAGAAUGAAGAAAAUGAAAGCCAGAACGAGAACGAGGACAAAGAUGAAGACGAGGACGAGGACGAGGACGAGAAUGAGGACAAGGAUGAGGAUAAGGACGAGGAUGAGAACGAGAACGAGGAUGAGAACGAGAACGAGGAUGAGGACAAGGUCGAGUAUAGAGUUGUAGAUGACCAUGUUGAGGGUGUAGAUGAUAAAAAGAAUACUAAGUGGCGAGGCAAGAUCAUAUUAAAAAAGAGCAAUUGGCAAUGCAAACCCGUAUCAAAAAAAAGAAAAACGGAAACACUUUCGAAAACAUUGCAUGACAUGUGCAUUAAGAUGGGAAAUUUAGAUGAGUGUUUAUUAGCAACACCUUCAAGCAGUAGUGAUGUAAUGUAA